AUGGGGGUGACGGCGGGCGAGAAACGGGCCGCGGAGGAGCUGCGCAAGGAGGGCAACGCCCUGUUCCAGCGCGGCAAGUACGCAGCCGCCUCGGAGCGAUACACAGAGGCCAUCACCCUCGACCCGCAGAGCGCGUCGCUGUACGUGAACCGAGCCCUGUGCGCCAAGAAGCAGGCCGCGCCGGGCGCCUGGGAGCGCAUACUGGAAGACGCGGAGAGGGCGCUCGCGCGCGAGCCCAACCACAUGAAGGCAAACUACCUCUGCGGCAUGGCGCUGCGCGAGCUCGGCGGCGACCUGGGGAGGGCCAUCAGGCUGCUGGAGCGCGCGCUGGAGCGGGCGCGGGAGCAGGAUGACGCCAUCAAGGACGAGAUAUGGAGGGAACUGGCAAAGGCCAACGACGCGUGCUGGCGGGAGGAGAGCGCGCGGCGGCGCAGCGAGGCGGAGGCCCUUCGCAGCCAGCUGCGCAAGCUGGCGGCAGUGGCAGCGGCGGUUUCAUCCACGGGGGGCUUGUCGCAGCAGGAAAGCAGCGGCAGCGAGGACAGAGAUGGGGCGGGGGCCAGCAGCGGCGCACAGGCUGGCGGUGGUGGCACGGAUAUGAGUGCUCGCAAGGCGGAAGGCAGCAGCAGCGCAGGCGCCCAGGAGCCGGGCAGCGCCGCAGCUGGCGUGGCGGGCUCCGCGGGGGCGGCCGAGGUCAAUUGGGUGGCGUUGGACCGCGUCUUUGAGCGCGCCGCUCGUGCGGACACGCGCGGCGAGGUGCCCUCCGCUUUCACGUGCCCCCUGACGAUGGAGGUCUUCCGCGACCCGGUGGUGUCUAAGAGCGGCCACACCUACGAGCGCGCGGCGCUGACCGAGCACAUUGCCAAGGUCGGCGGGUGGGACCCCAUCACGCGCAUCCCCAUGACGCUCGCGGACGUGCGGCCCAACAUAUCGAUGCGCACCGCCGUCAGCGUCUACCUGGAAGAGCAUGGGUGGGCCUGGCACGAGUGCUACUGA